GACGAUCUUGCGGCUGCCGCGCUGUUCGUCGCUAUGCAGUGCGAUGUGGGCCAAGAUAUCAACCCAUGGGUACGACAUUUCGUACGAGAAUACGGUAUUCGCGCACCACAACUCCUUCGUCGCAUGACAUACCUUUUUGGUUCCAUAGUACCGUGA